CAGGUGGGAGGGUCGGGAGCCUCCUCCCAUUGCUCCAAUUGCAGAAAAGGAGGGGGGUUCCCAUGGCAGGGCAAGGCCACCUAUAGCUCAGUCCUCCAACAGACAGGAUCUCAGAUUCCAGCAGCAGCCUUGAGCACUGGACCAGAAACCCCAGGAGCAGUAGAUUGACAGCUGGUUGACAGACAGCAAGUGCAGAAGCUCCGUGGGGUACAAGAGAGCACAGCCAUGUCUGAGCACGGGUUUUCUAAGGAGCAGAUUGCUGAGCUCCAUGCAGCCUUUGAUAGUGUCGACAAGGACAAGGAUGGCAAAAUCACCGUCCAGGAACUGCGUGAAGCCUUGAAGCACCUGGGCAAGAACCCCUCAGAAAAAGAGCUGAAGGACAUGAUUUCCAAGGUGGAUUCGGACGGUGAUGGGGCCAUGAACUUUGAAGAGUUCGUGGGAGCCCUGGCGAAGUUUAAGCACCGGGGCACCGAGCAAGAGCUGCGGGCAGUGUUCAGCGUCUUUGACCAGAAUGGGGACGGUUACAUCACUUUGGACGAGCUGAAGCAGGCCAUGACCCAGCUGGGAGAGAGGGUUUCGCAGGAGGAGCUGGAUGGCAUGCUCCGUGAGGCGGACGUGAACCAGGACGGGAAGGUGAACUAUGAGGAGUUUGUGCACGUCCUCCAGGAGAAGUGAGACUGCCAGGGUGCAAGCUCCGCCCCGCCUCUC